GCGAGGCACUCGAAGAGAAGAGAAAACAAGAGCAAGAAGGUGAAAAAGUUGUAUUGGUGGUUUAUUUUCCUCGCAUUGUGGCAUUUUUUGUGCCUGGUGUCGUCCUUGCUACUGUACAAAACAGUGAUUUCCCCAGCAUAAUCCAUCCGGCCGUCAAGAUUUUUCCUGAAAGGCAUUUCGUUUCGCGUUCGCGCCGUGCAAUCCGGGUUCGUCAAUGUGGUGCCACCGCAGUAGCCGGGAACAUGAACGAAAUUCUUCCGCAGGACAUCCAGCAGCUGCUGGAAUACUUUGCCAAGAAUAUGUACCGUGCAAAAGACUGCGUAGUGGGUGAUGAGAUCGUGAACCGUUGUAGUGCGCUGAUGCGGAUGGACUACACCGUUACUGAACUGACCAAUGUCAACGGUGAACUUUCGGCACACUAUCCCGGCAAGUUGCUCAUUCCGGAACAAGAGACGAAAAGAAAUAAUGCAUAUGCUGCACAUUCUUCGACCAGCAGCGAUCUACGUUCGGAAAGUACUGGUUCGUCUCGCGGCGGCUACUCGGACUACGCUCGCGGUGAUCAAGUUUUUGUCGAGGGAAAAAUCGAUGCCCAACGGCUUCGCUAUUUGAUAUUACGUGCCCGUUUGGCACGAUGCCGAGCACGUUUUCCACUACCGGUGAUAUUAUUCAAGGGAAAAUACAUCUGCCGAUCCGCUACCUUAUCGGGUGGGCCAGAAAUUUACGGUCGUUCAGGUUUGGAGUAUUUUGCGUAUGCUGCAGAAGCCACCCCACCGGAGCCAGGAGAUGAAGCCUACGAAGCACAGGAGGAUUCUUCGUCAGACGAAUCUGAUUCCAAAGACUGGCCAUUGUUUGGUAGACUACGGCGAAAAGAUAUUCGACUUCUGAAAGCUCUGAACGUUGGUACGAUUAUCGACUUUAUGGUGGAAAACAAAAAGGUGAAAUUCUGGCUUAACGUUACAUCGUCGGAAAAGGUAGACAAGGAAAAUCGCUACAAUUUUUUCAAAAUACUCGCUCUGCCUUAUCCUGGUUGCGAAUUUUUUCGUGAAUAUCGUGACAAUGAUUGUCGCGGCGAGGGACUAAUUUUCGAUUGGAACCAAUCCUAUGUGGAUGCUGGAAUUCGAGUGCCAGACGAUUCGGUUACGGCCGAACUGAACAUCGAUUGGCACAACUACAAGCAGUGGGAUCUGGUGAAAAUCACCCAAAACUACCUUCGGCUACUGCUGAAGUACUUGCAAAACAGCGAUAAUGGAAUAUUAGUCCACUGUAUCAGCGGUUGGGAUCGGACACCGCUCUUUGUUUCGUUGCUGCGCAUUUCACUUUGGGCAGACGGUGCAAUUCAUCAAUCAUUAAAUGCAGCUCAGAUGCUUUACUUCACAAUUGCAUACGACUGGUUACUGUUUGGACAUAAUCUUCCCGACCGACUAAACAAGGGAGAAGUGAUAUUUUUCUUUUGCUUCUCAAUACUCAAAUAUAUCGUCGACGAUGAAUUUAGCGUAUUAAAUCCUAGAACUCGUAGCCAUCACAGUAGCGGGAGCAGUAGCAUAGGCGUAAUAAGAACCGAUAGCGAAAUCAUGCUCGACGGUCUCCUAUUUGACGGGGAGAGUCGAGGCUCCAGUAUAUCCAUUAACUCAACAUCCAGUUUCGCGAGCGGGAAAAGUUCUUCCAUGCAUGACACCCAGACGUGCCUCAGUACUGGGAUCGGACUGAUCGGCGAUGGUGCAAGCAAUAGCAUAGCAAUAACAGGUAGAAAUGUAGGUGCUGCUAGAAAUGGAAGUGUCACCAGCGGGGGAUUGAUCGGAGAUGAAAGCAUCAACUCGUUCAAUGGCAAUAACGGUUUGUCAUCGUAUAGUAAUGAUAGCAGUAGCAGUAUUGGGUGCAUAUCUCAUGAAAGUUCCAACCAUAACAUCCACUGGUCACCACAGUCUAAAAGAACUAGUCCAGUAACUGUGCCAACCGCGGAAAGACUACUGAGACAGCGCCAGGAAUCAACAUCGUCACUAUCGGUUGGCAGCUGGCAAAUGAUAACCUGUACCGGAAGCUAUCGAAGCGCCGAAUCGGUGAACGAAAUGCAGUCGCAUUUGCAGCAAAAUCAUGUGUUCCCGUGUCCCAAUCAUCGUCCACAACAAUGUCAAGGUCCAGCACAGCAAUCGCAUAGCCAUCAUUCGGUGCACUCUUCCCAGCAGCAGCAGCAGCAGCAGCAGCAUGAUAAUUUCAGUAGCUUUAUUACGCAUAGUGCUUCCACACCGAACGCCAACCAACAUACCAGCCAGGAAACCAGCUGCUGCACCAUCGUCGAUGGCGAGUACUUUUCAAACCGCGUCGAUUGUCAUGCCCUACGACGCGAACGACUCACACAGUUGCGAACGUUAUUUUACAACUGCUACUUUCCGACAAUAGCAUUCAAGUUCAACUCUGGUCCAGAUUCGGCACUCGGCAGUCUACUAGGAAAUUUCGCAGAGAAAGUCGGCCUUGCUAGUCGAACAUCUGUUUAGUAGACAAGAUCCCAGCAACUUAAACCAAUUCGUUCUUUACGCCCCAAGCUUUGAUUUUCGGGAAGUUCAUUUUGCAUUUUAAUUUGGCGAUAACGAAUAAGUUAUACUAUGCAUAAGGCAAUUAUGGCCUUAUUAUAACGAAGAAGCGAAAUCUCUUCUUAUGAAACUUUUUUUUCUGUAACAUUUCUGCUGUCGACACUGUGAAAAACCAACACCAAACCGCAGAUGUUCAUUUCGUAUUUAACUGUUGUAGUUUUAAAUAAAUCACCAAUGAAAUGAGAAAGCGAAUGUAGCAUAACGAAAAAAAAACUUCCGACAAAUUAACUGAACGUAAAGUUGACAUAACAUUAGAAAGUUUUUAUUUUUUUGAUAAGUUAUCAUUGUUGAAUUUUUUUGAAUAAGCCUUAUUAUUCUGCCUUGUUUAGAGAGAUAUUUUAUUUACCACUGAUUUUUAUCGACUUAACUCGUGUAAUACCAGAACAGUGUAAACAAAACAGUCAACCAGUUCAUUUCUAAUCUUCAAAAUUUAUAACAAUAAACAAAAAGUUUGUAUUUCAAUAA